CUAAGAUAUGAUCGAUGUGCCAAUAUAAUAUAUGUAAAGCUUCCAGCUCAAACGCAUUUUCCCCAAGUGCAGUUGGGGUCCGCGAUGAUUUGUUUGUGCGUUAUCAGGUAGGUUAGGUAGGUACCUAGCUACCCAACCCUAGGACGGCGGGCGAUAGGCGGAAACACGCAUAUCCCAUAGGUCGAUACCCAGCGCAUCUUUCUCUAAUCCGGGACCGGGGAAACCGUUUGCGAAGGUACUUGGAUAUCUGAGCUCCUCCUCUAUUCCUCGUACGCAACCUUGACUUUUCCACCAUCCGUUUACAGCCCUACUCCCGCCAGCCUCAAGCCCUCCUAGUUCCUAACAAUAGCCUGCAUGUGUGUCUUCAGUACGAAGUGGGUGUCUCACUUAAGCAAGCAGAAGAAUGGGAGGGUUCAUUAUACCACAGUGACCCGGUUGCCCUGGUGUAUUUUUACCACUGAACAAACUAAGACUUGGGAAACUCGUCUCGAGGAGUACUAUAAGCGGAGAGCAGUAUUGAUAGGAGCUGAGAUGGAUGCCGAUCAGCUAUUGCUUCGCUACCAGGAGAAGAUGCGUAUUGGCACCGAGCUUCACGACUUCAUGAGCUGAUCUCGUGAGCUGCGCGAUAUGAUCUACAAGUAUAUUCUCAAUAAGGGCUCGGUUUUCUUACCGAACUACCUAGAAAGAGGAACAUCAGGUAUUCCAGGCACUAAGCACGCUGUCUAUAAUUUCGCGACCGGUAGUAGUUUCUAUGGGCACUACUUACGGUAUCGGGACCCCCAGGUAAACUGAUGCUUCGAGAACAGAUCCAUGAUACGUCCCAUUGGGUUGAUAAGUGGUAACCGAGUUUCGAAGAGUGCUACUGUCCGUUGGGGUGUUGUCGAUUAGUUGAUGAAGUGCUAGAGCGGUUCUGUUUUUACGAGCCACCCAAGGCCAUCGAUGUGAUAGGGUGGUAUGAUGAGAAUGAAAGAGAGAGGAUUAAGGAGGGGAUUAAGGAGGGUCUAGAUGAACUCGUCAAAAAGAAUGUGAACUCAGAUGUUCGAUUUGUUGGAAAGUUGAUUAAGCAGCUCAUAUUGGAAUACUAAGCCAGUUGGCUUCCGCUUUGAGUCUUAGGUAGUAGAUGUGCAGGUGUGUCUCGGUUGAAUUAUACGGGUUGCUAUUAUAUACGUGGACUAGAUAAUCGGAAUGAAA